AUGAAGGACAGGAACUAUGAUAUUUUAGCCUUGUCAGAGUUGUGGUUAAACUCCACGGUGACAAACGCGGAAGUAGAAAUCAAGGGCUUUAAACUAACAAGAUUGGACCGUUUGGGAAAGACUGGAGGGGGUGUUUGUGUCUAUUCUAAAUCGUCGAUUAAAGUCAAAUGUCUCAAAAACAUAACAGGGAUAUCUGAAUUCGGAUUUCAUCAGCUAUGGAUGCUAAUACAACUCAGGAAACUAAGAUCAAUUCUCCUCUGUGUGACAUAUAGGGUUGAUUAUUGUCCUACUUCAACCUUUCAUGAUACUUUCAUGGAAAAUUAUAUACAUGCUCUCACAUUAGGAAAAGAGAUAAUUGUUGUAGGUGAUUUAAAUUGUGAUUUGCUGAAACCGGAUUCUCCAGAGGCUAUGUCGCUACUAGAUUUUUGUACAAGUGUGAAUCAAACUCAAUUGAUAAAAGAACCUACACGAGUAACAGAAAUGUCAUCUUCCCUUAUUGAUAUUAUUAGAAAAUCGAAUGUCAGUUUAGUAGAAAAUCAUGGGGUGGCUUUAUCUCACAUUAGUGAUCACGAUCUAAUAUAUGCUUCUUUCAAACUUAAGAUGUCGAAGCUGCCACCUAGUUAUAAAUGUGUGAGAUCCUACAAAAACUACAAACCUGAUAGUUUCCUUGCGGAUUUACAACGAAUACCUUGGUAUGAUAUUUCCAUCAUGGAUGAUGCAAAUGAAAUGCUAGACCAUUUCAAUGAGAGGUUUCUCCAUGUAAUGGAAACACAUGCACCUGUGAAAACAGUGAGGAUUAAACACCGCAGCUGCCCCUUUAUUAGCACAGAAAUUCAAGAACUUAUGCAAUACAGAAAUAACCUAUUGAAAACAGCUCGAAGUACUAAAUUAGCAACAGACUGGGAAAUGUAUCGUAAACUAAGAAAAGAAGUAAAAUCCAAGCUGAGAGAUGCCGAAAGGGAAUAUGUACGGAAAGGACUAGAGCACAGUCACAACACUAAUUCAAAGUGGAAGAUAAUUAAUUGUAUUCAUCGUAAAGAAAGCACUCAACAAGUCUACACAAAGGAUAUGAAACAAGUUGCUAAUGAGUUUAAUCACUUUUUCACCUCGGUUGGUAGGAGAGUAUCAGAAGAUUGCACAUCUUUAAUAGAAUUAUAUAACCUGCCUGCACCUCCAACAAGUGUUUCGCUGGCUGUUGCUGAGUCACAAAAUUUUAGUUUUGUUCCUGUCUCGUGUGGGGAAGUACGAAGGACAGUAAUGGCAUUCCAAUCGAACAAAGCUCCUGGCCAUGACAAAGUACGAAUGUCUACGAUAAAGGAUGCACUUCCAUGUAUUCUCCCAGUUAUUACUGACAUGAUAAAUUGCUCGUUACAGACUUCAGUCUUUCCAUCAGCCUGGAAAAUAUCAUAAGUAAUACCACUUCUUAAAGAGGGAGAUCACGAAGUGGCAAAUAACAAUCGACCACUAUCGUUACUACCAGCGACUUCUAAAAUUUGUGAACGAGUAGCUCUAAAUCAACUGACCUCUUAUACGAACAAAAAGAAAUGCCUAAGUAAACAUCAAAGUGGUAAUAAACAACUACAUUCAUGUGAGACUCUUGGCGUGUUUAUCACAGACAAGAUGUUUAAAGCAAUGGACUCAAAAGAACUGACAGUCAUAGUAUUGCUGGAUUUGUCAAAAGCGUUUGACAGUAUAGAUCACCGCAAACUCUUAACAAAGCUAAAAGCAUUAGGCCUAAGCCUUGGCGCCUUAGAAUGGUUCAAAAGUUACUUGACCGGAAGGACGCAGCAGAUGAAGAUUGGCUCAGUUGUGUCAGAACCAGGUCAUAUCAAUCAUGGUGUACUGCAAGGUUCGAUAUUAGGACCUGCUUCGUUCAAUAUAUAUUUUAAUGAUUUGCCCACCAUCCCGAAUUUCGGUGACUUGAAAUCGUAUGUAGAUGAUUCAAAAUUGUAUCUUUCAUUUCCCAUCAAGUAUGUUAGUGAAGUUAUGCGGAAUAUCAAUGAAGACCUGUCAAAAAUCACAGCAUGGUGCUGUCACAAUAGUCUACUAAUUAAUCCAGACAAGAUCAAAGUGUUAGUACCAGGAACACACAAAAUGUUGCAACGAUUACCGGAUGACUUUUAUGUGACAUUACUUGAGAAAAGGAUUACUCCCACAAUUUCAGCACGCGAUCUUGGGAUUCAACUUGAUUCAACACUAAGUUUUAACGAACAUAUAGCAAACACUGUUUCUACUUGCAUUGCGAGCUUAUGUCCGAUAAACAGGGUCAAACAUCUUUUUGACCCUAGGAUUUUGGAAAAUGUCAUCUCGUCCCUAGUAUUUUCUAAAUUGUAUUAUUGCUCAAAUGUAUGGUCCAGUACGACCAAGAAGAACAUAGAAAAAUCACAAAAAGUGCCAAAAUUCGCGGCGAGAAUAAUCACAGGAAUAAUACUCCAAUUACUCCAAUACUCAAACAACUGA